AUGACGUCCAAGGCUGCCCGUCUAGGAGAAGAAGUGUGGAAAUCCCGAGUCGACAAGAUCAACGCCGAGGUCGUCACCCUAACAUAUGGCACCAUUGUCGCCCAGCUCUGCCGCGACUUGACGGUACCCAGCACCGCGAACAAGACCGACUAUGCCGCCGUGAAUCAAGAGCUACAUCGUAUGGGAUACAACAUGGGGUUGCGCCUGAUUGAGGACUUUCUGGCCAAGUCCAAUACAGGCUCGUGCUCCAASUUUCGUGAGACGGMUGAGAUCAUCUCCAAGGUUGGCUUCAAGAUUUUCAUGAACAUCACACCCGCGAUUACGAAUUGGAGCCAGGAUGGCAAGGCGUUCAGCUUGGUGUUUGAAGAGAACCCGCUCACCGAUUUCGUGGAGUUGCCUGACGAUGGACGAGCGCAAGACGAGCUGUGGUAUAGCAACAUCUUGUGUGGGGUGAUUCGGGGAACGCUAGAAAUGGUGCAAAUGCAGGCUGAGGCGCACUUUGUCAGCGAUAUUCUGCGUGGGGACGAUACGACAGAGAUGCGGGUCACAUUGGUACGGUACAUCGAAGACGAGAUGCCGCCAGAUGAUGAAUGA